GGUAGAGACUAGGAACUCCCGAGUGUAGCACGUUGUGUAUGGUUGAGCACAACAUUAAAAGGUCAACAUCCUACCGGCCUUUGACCUACACUUUUCUUUUAUACACGCCGUACAGGUCAUACAGACAUGGCUCAGCCCAAAUACAGACUGAUAUACUUCAACUUGAGGGCUCGCGCGGAGGCGACCAGGCUGGUGUUCGCUGCUGCAGGAGUGGAGUACGAGGACGUCAGGAUACCCAGGGACAAGUGGCCUGAUCUCAAACCUAACACCCCCAUGGGCCAGCUGCCGGUGUUAGAGGUGGGCGGGGUCACCCUCUGCCAGAGCAUGGCCAUUGCGCGCUUCGCUGCCAAGGAGACCGGUCUAGCAGGGAAGACUGCUUUAGAGCAAGCGCAUGCCGACAUGCUGGUGGACGGGAUCGACGACCUCAGAGGAAAGCAGGCGGUGAUCCGGAAAGCGUCUGAGGACAGAAAGGAACAGUGCAAGAAAGAACUUGCAGAUUUUGCUCCCGACUUCCUCGGCAAGUACGAGAAACUGUGUGGACCACAUGGUCAUCUUGUUGGCGAUAGUCUGACCUGGGCCGACCUGGUGUUCUAUGACGUCAUGUCCAAGGUCCUGGCAGUGCUGCCCGGCGCUCUGGACGGCCUCCCCAGACUAGCCAAGGUCAUGGACACGGUCACGGCCAACGAGGGAGUCGCCGCCUGGCUCGCCAAGCGCCCAGAUACUCCACACUGAUCGUGUAGGAUAGGAACUGCCCCAUACAUUCCAGGAAAAAGAAUUAUUGUAUAGAAAGUGUCAGUACUCCAAGAGAGGAAUUAUAGUACAGGAUCUGCCCGUACAUUCCAGUAAAAGGAGUUAUCGUAUAGGAUGCCAACACAUUCCGUUUAACAAGUCUUUGCUUUAGUUAUUUACAACAUUUAAUUAUGUUUACCUAAGAAAAUCGUGUUGUUUUUGCGCAGUUUCUUCCUGUUCUUCUUCCAUUCCAAACAAAUAAGGUCAAUGACCAGACCCAGACGUCUGUCGCCAUGGUAACUGGUGGUG